AUGUUGGAGGGACUCGUCGCCGGCCUGCUCAACAGGUUUCUGGGUAUGUACGUCAAGAACUUCGACCCAGCACAGCUCAAGGUCGGCAUUUGGUCUGGCGAUGUCAAGCUUAGGAACCUCGAGCUGCGGAGGGAGGCCCUCGACCAGCUGAAGCUGCCCAUCAAUGUUAUGGAAGGCCACCUCGGCGAGUUGACCCUCAUCAUUCCGUGGUCCAACCUACGCGGCGCCCCCGUCAAGGUCUUUAUCGAAGAUGUCUUCCUGCUUGCCUCCCCAAGGGAGGAAGCCGCCUAUGACGAGGACGAGGAGGAGCGCAGGAAACAAAGAAUCAAGAUGGAGAAGCUCGACUCGGCCGAGCUGCUCAAGGAGAGAUCACAGGAAGGCAUGACCCAGGAGGAGCAGCAGAAGAGCCAGAGCUUUACCCAGAGCCUGGUCACCAAGAUCGUCGACAACCUGCAGGUCACGGUCAAGAACAUCCACAUCAGAUACGAAGACUCCAUCUCCGCACCAGGACACCCCUUCGCCCUCGGUGUCACACUCGAGGAGUUCAGUGCUGUCAGCACCGACGGCCAGUGGAAGCCGACCUUCAUCCAAGACUCUACCAAGAGCACCCACAAGCUCGCAACCCUCGGCGCCCUUGCUGUCUACUGGAACACAGAUACAGAGCUGCUGGGCCCGGGCCGCGAAGUGACGAGCGAUGACGACGAGCCGAUGCCGCACGACGAGAUGGUUGACAAGUUCAAGAGCUUGAUAGGAUCGACGGAAGACACAGACCUCAACCACCAGUUCAUCCUCCGCCCCGUCAACGGAAAGGCUAAGAUCGUUCUCGACAAGACUGGCGAUACACACGUUCCCAAAGCCAAGGCGAGUCUGCUCUUCGAGGAAAUUGGCUUGGUCAUCGACGACGACCAGUACCGAGACGGCUUAAUGAUGGUGGAUCUCUUCCAUUAUUUCAUCCGGCACCAAGAGUACAAGAAGUUCCAGCCGAAGGGCGUAACGCCCAAGGAGGAUCCAAGAGCGUGGCUCAAAUUCGCUGGGGACGCCGUCCUCAGCAAGAUCCACGACAGGAACCGUAGAUGGUCUUGGGAUUACUUCCGCGAAAGACGCGACGAUCGAAAGCGCUACAUCGAGCUGUUCAAGAAGCGGAAGCAACAACAGCAACUCUCCUCCGACGAGAGCGACGACCUCAACAAACUCGAGUGGAAGCUUGACUACGAAGACCUGCGCUUUUGGAGAUCCCUGGCUCGAAACCAGCUUAAGAAGGAAAAUGCCGAAGCCCUCAAGAACCAACCGCCCAAGCAGCAGCAGCAAGGUUGGGUGUCAUGGAUGUGGAGUGGCGGGGCGAAGCAACAAGAACAGCAAAACACAGACGAGAACACACAAAUCACGGAGGAGCAACGAAAAGAGUUGUACGAUGCCAUCGAAUUCGACGAGAAGACGGCUAUCGCCGAGUCUGUUGACGUGCCUCGUGACACCAUCAAGAUGCAAGUCGAGGCAUGGCUUAGCACUGGAAGCUUUACGCUGAAGAAAAGUCACAACGGCAAGAGAAGCGACCUUCUCAGUCUCCAUUUUGACGUCUUCAAGGCCAAGGUUUUGCAGCGCCCCGAUUCCUUCCUGGCCGACGUUAGUCUGGGUGGACUACGCGUGAACGACGGAACCACUCCCGACUCCCUUUUCCCAGAGAUUGUGCGAGUCAAGGAUGCGCCUGAAGUCCAUGAGCACAAGCGUCUGACGAUCGAAGAAUUGGAGGACAAUGAAGACGAGCCAUUCUUCCGGUUUGAGGUCGAGCAGAAUCCCAUCGAAAAACAGGGAGACAUCGCGUUGUCUGGAUCUCUCAAACCGCUCGAGAUCGUUUGGAACCCUAACUUCGUGGUGGGCGUUGCCGACUUUUUCAGGCCACCAGAGAGGCACAUGGAAUCCAUUACAGCCCUGAUGGAGACUGCCGGCGCCACUGUCGAGACAUUCCGUGAACAGACGCGCGCAGGUCUCGAGUUCGCUCUUGAAGAGCACAAGACUAUCAAUGCCCAACUCGACCUGCAGGCUCCUCUCAUCAUCGUACCAGUCAGCAUCUCGGUCAAGGAGUCGACUUGUCUCAUUCUGGAUGCCGGUCACAUCAGCGUUAACAGCGAACUGGUCGACCAAGAUACCAUGAAGCAGAUCCAGUCCAAGCAGCGACAAUCGUACACCGAUGACGACUUUAAGCGCCUGGAGUCCGUCAUGUACGACAAAUUCCUGGUCAAACUCUCCUCGACCCAAGUGCUGAUAGGACCAUCCAUCGAGGUGACCAAGGCUCAGCUUACGGAGAAGGAUGACACGCAACAUCUUCACGUUGUGGAGCGGAUCAACGUUGACUUCGUUGUUGAGACGUCCAUCUUGCCAAAGGCACCAAACUUGACCAAGUUGAAGGUGUCAGGCCAUUUGCCACUUCUUCAUGCCACCGUCUCGGACACCAAGUACAAGAACUUGAUGAGGAUCAUCGAUGUCGCUAUUCCCAAGUUCGGCCAGGCCGACAAUCAGCAGGAACAGAUCCAAGACUCGCAAGGCCAGUCGGUUACGACUCGCCCUAGGGGGCUGAGCACCGCGUCGGCUCGGUCGCGAUCUCGUAAGGAGCCUUCCCGCCGGAGGUCGUCGCAAUUCCCCUUCAUGCAGCAGCAAACCGCCAUCGUUAUCGACGAAGACGAGGACGAUAGCGAUGAGUUUGAGGAUGCAGACGGCGGCCGAGACAAUAAGGAGCAGCUCAAGCUACAGCAGCGCUCUUUCGAGUUCAAGUUCAAGGUCGACACUCUAAAGGGCUCUCUGUACCGCAGCGAUCCGGACAAGAAGAAGCCAGAUGCACUCUUGGUUGAGCUCGUUGCCGAGAACUUCGACCUUCUCUUCUACCUGCGCCCAUACGACAUGUCGGCUGAGGUGUCCCUGGGCUCAGUGAUCAUGGAUGACUUCGUCGAUAACCCUUCCGCCGAAUUCAAGUCUAUCGUGUCGUCAGGGGAUCCUGACGAUCGCGAGCAGAACCGAAGUCUCGUCAGCGUCAAGUUCACCAAGGUCAACCGCAGAUCACCAGAGUUUAUGCCCGUGUACGAGGGUGUUGAGACGAACGUGACGGCUGCGAUCUCCACCAUCAACCUCGUGGUGACCAGGAAGACUCUGUUGACUUUGCUCGACUUCAUCCUAGCGACGUUUACUGGUAACAACAAUGACGCAGCUUCGCCCCAGGAACAGAAGGCGAUUUCAGACUCGGAAGACGAAGGCGAUGAUGAAGAGGUUGAGAUUGCCGUGGACGCCCCGCCGGAAGACGCACCUGCCAACACAGGCUCCAUCAGAGUCAAGGUCGACCUCAAGAGUAUUCGCCUCAUCCUCAACAAUGACGGCAUCCGUUUGGCGACUUUGUCUUUCAACCACGCGGACGUUGGCGUUUUCCUCCUUGGCAAGACGAUGCGUGUGAAUGCCAAGCUAGGAAAUCUCAACUUGGUUGACGACAUUAACCAGGGUGUCUCGGAGGAGUCGAACUUGAGGCAGCUCAUUUCCAUUCAAGGCGACGAGCUCGCCGACUUCCGAUACGAGACCUUCGAUGCCACCAACAAGAAGGCGUACCCUGGUUACGACUCCUCAGUCUACCUGAGGGCUGGCUCUGUGAAGCUCAACUUCCUCGAAGAACCCUUCCGUAAAAUCAUCCAGUUCCUUGUCAAGUUCGGCAAGAUGCAGGCCAUCUACAACGCUGCCCGCCAAGCUGCCGCGAACCAGGCCAACCAGAUUCAGCAAAGCACAAGCAGAUUCAAGUAUGAUGUCGUGGUCAAGACGCCCAUCGUCGUAUUCCCUCGUGUCGUCAAUCACGGCCAACCUAAGCGAGAUGUUAUUACUGCGUACCUGGGAGAAAUCUACGCCCAGAACAAGUUUGCUCCUCUGGAUGACUCCGAGAAUUCGCAAAUUGCGACAAAGAUCAACGCAGGAAUUCGCAAUAUUCGCCUGACGUCCGAUUUCAACUAUCCCGGAGACCUCUCCGAAGAGCUUGAACUCAUCGACAAGGUUGACUUGGGCUUCAACGUGACUUAUGCCGAACACCAAGACGGCACCAAGCGUCCCGAGCUUGAAAUUGAAGGCAGCAUGUCCGACUUCAACCUGAAGCUCACCCAGUACCAGCUUCGCUUCUUGAUGGAAAUUUCGAAAUCGGUUCCAGCAGCCUUUGCGGGCGAUGCUGACGAACAAAACCAGGAGGCCGAGCGUGAAGUUGACAAGGAAACUCUGCAAAGAGCGAAGUCGUUGCCCAUUGAUAAGAACAAAGGCAAUGAGCAACAGCUCGUUGAUCUGGGCCCCGAGCUGUCACCCAAGGACAAGACAUGGACGAAGCUCGACCUGGUUUUCCAAGUCAACACUAUCGGCAUGGAGCUGCUGUUAGCGCCCGACGACAAGCCUGUUGGAAAGCUCGAAAAUGCUAGUCUCUCGCGAUUUUCACUGGACGUCACCAAGCUGAAGACAAGAAUGCUCAACGAUGGUUCUUUAGAGGGAGAGUUCCUCAUCCACUCGUUUACCAUCUUCGACAGCCGACCUCGCGACACUAACAAGUUCCGAAGGAUCAUGACGUCGUCGAACAAGGAGGUGCAGCAGCUUAUGGCAAGCAUCACAAUGUCCGGCGGACAGGACAGAAACCUCAUCGCCAUCGUUACCAUCGAUAGCCCACGUGUCAUCUUUGCCCUGGACUACCUCUUUGCCAUCCAGCACUUCGUCAUGGUUGGUUUGCAACCCGAAGAACCCUCAAUCGUCGACGAUGAGUCCUUGUUGGAUACACCCGAUGAGUCGGAUGCAGACGCGGACUCGAUGCAGGUGACAUGGUCGAAGUCCAAAUCGCAGAAGAGCAACAAAGAAGAGACAGACAGCCCCCAGGAGAACGCCGAGGACAAACCGCAAAGCACCAUGAGCAUUGCCUACAGGGUCAACAUUGUUGACGCUCAAGUCAUCCUGAUCGCAAACCCUCUCAGCUCCAGCUCUGAAGCCAUCGUACUCGGUACCAAACAGGUGUUGCUAUCUCAACAGCACGCCCUGACCUUCCAAGUCUCCGAGAUCGGCAUGUUCCUCUGCCGAAUGGAUCGAUUUGAGGAUUCUCGCCUGCGUAUCAUUGACGACUUCUCGGUACAGAUGUCGAUGGACAGCUCCAAGCCGAACAUCACCAGCAUUCAUGCCGACAUCGAGCCAUUGAUUCUUCGACUGUCAUUGCGGGAUAUUCUGCUUGCGCUACAGAUUGCGAGCAAGGCCACUGAGCUUUCGGACCAGCAACCCAAGGACCCCAAGUCAUCGUCAUCAGCUGCCGACGAGAAAGCGAGGCAACUUCGACAGGCUGGUCUGAAGCAGCGCACUGCGAGCGGCAAGGGGCCAUCGACUAUUGCCAACAAGACAAUUAUGUCCAAGGCACAGACGCAGAAAAUUGCAGCGUCCCAGGCAAAACAGGCUCAUGAGGACCCUCAAGGAACUGCAGUUCAGUCGCAGACGAAGCGACACGAAGAGCUUUCCGCUACCAUCGAAGGCAUUCGCGUUGUUCUGAUCGGCGAUGUCCACGAACUCCCGAUCUUGGACCUGGGCAUCAAGAACUUCACCGCCACCGCGGAAGAUUGGUCCUCCAACCUCAAGGCUGAAACCGCCAUUGAUCUAUACACUAAUGUGUACAACUUCUCCAAGUCUGCCUGGGAACCUCUUCUUGAGCCCUGGCAAGUUGGCAUUGGAAUGGCGAAGGACGCGCAGUCUGGACUCAUGUCCAUCGACGUGGCCUCCAAGAAGAUCUUCGAUGUCACAUUGACUACCGCCACUAUCGCACUGGCAUCGAAGUCUUUCGCAUUCCUCAGCAAAGAUGAAGACGUCCUGGGCAAACCUCGAGGCGUGGACGCACCAUACAGAAUCCGCAAUUACACUGGUUUCGACAUUGUGGUGCAGUCAAAGAGUUCCACGACCGAAGACAACAUGACGGCUCGUCUUGAAGACGGCCAAGAAGCGCCAUGGAGCUUCGAGCCUUGGGAGAAGAUGCGUGAGAACCUCUCAACCGAGAGCAGUACCGGUAGUGUUGGUAUUCAACUAGAGGGUAGCGGGUUUGACCCGGUCAAAAACGUACGACUGAAUCGUGAAGGCGAGGCUAUCUACGGUUUGAAGCCCAAGACCGACAACAUUCUGCACCGACUACUUGUCGAAGUCACACUCGGCAAGGACAAUGUCAAAUAUGUCACCUUCCGCUCGCCGUUGGUGGUCGAGAAUGAGACCCAGAUCCCGGUUGAACUCGGCGUCUAUGAUGCUCAAGAAGGUCACCUGCUCAAGAUUGAGAAGAUUGCUCCCGGCGAAAGUCGCCCGGCUCCUGUUGGAGCCGCAUUCCUCAAGUCAUUGCUUGUGCGGCCCGACUCGGGCUUCGGGUAUGCCUGGUCAUCCGAGAGUUUGUGGUGGAGAGAUCUUCUGAAGAGACCUACCCGGACGAUGGUUUGCAAGGGCGAGAAUGGUGAUCCAUUCUACUUCCAGCUCAAUGCCACUUUCGACCGAUCCAACCCCUUAACAAAGAACUACCCGUACAUGCGCAUCAAGUUGUCACCACCCGUUAUCCUCGAGAACCUCUUGCCAUACGACUUCAAGUACCGCAUUUACGACAAAAACACCAAGAAGGACUGGGCAAACUUCCUCCGCAAAGGUGGUCUCAGCCCUGUACAUGUCGUCGAACUCUCCCAUCUGCUUCUCCUCAGCGUUGACAUGCAGGACACCGUCUUCAAGCCCAGCGACUUUGCGAUCAUCAACUCUGGGCAGUCAGAUGACUUCAAGAAAGAAGACAGGUUGUUGUGCAAAGACGCCGAUGGUCUGCAGCUUAACCUCAGGCUUCACUACCACAAGAUUCCCGAUGGCGGUGGAGCAUUCCGAGUGACGGUAUACAGCCCCUACGUCAUUCUAAACAAGACCGGUCUCGACUUGCAGCUCCGAGCCAAGGGAUUCCUACAGGGCGCCCGACCUGCCGCAGGCCAGGCGACCCUAUCAAACAGGUCGGAGAGGGAUCGGCCCAAGGCGACGCCGCUCAUGUUCUCCUACGGCAACGACGACCAUAGGAACCGUGCGCUGCUGCAGAUCGCGGAUUCAGAAUGGAGUAAGCCGCAAAGUUUCGAUGCUAUUGGCAGUACAACAGAGGUGGUUCUUCCUUCGCCAUCCAGAAACACCGAGGUCCAUAUCGGCAUCACAACUGAGGCUGGCGAGGGCAAGUACAAGAUGUCCAAGGUUGUUACCCUUGCUCCGCGGUUCGUAUUGGAGAACAAACUGGGAGAGGAGAUCAAUGUCAGAGAGUCCAGCUCCUCAGGCUUCAUGACGCUCAAACCAGGCGCUCACCAGCCACUGCACUUUAUGCAGAAAACCGCUGUCAAGCAGCUCUCCCUAUGCCACCCUGGAAUGAACAAUCAAUGGACUUCUCCGUUCAACAUCUCGGAUAUUGGCACCACCCACAUCAAGAUAGCUAAGGCUGGCCAGAGGCAACGACUCAUCCGAGCUGAGAUCUUGAUGGAGGGUGCGACAAUCUUCCUGCACCUCAGCAUGGAGACCAAGAACUGGCCGUACCAAAUGAGGAACGAGAGCGACACCGAAUUCACCUUCUACCAAGCCAACCCUAGUCUGGAAGACGAUGGCGUCGAGGAUAGAUCUGGCUGGAGACCCAUCAAGUACAGGCUGCCACCGCGCAGCAUCAUGCCGUACGCGUGGGACUUCCCGGCCGCAAAGUUCCGGGAGAUUAUCAUCAACGUGCACGGCAAGGAAAGACAUGUGAAGCUCGCCGAAAUCGGCAACCAGAUUCCGAUGAAGUUCACCACCCCCUCCGGACAACAAAAGAUCAUCGACAUCAAUGUUGCCGCAGAUGGCCCUACCCAAACGUUGAUUUUGUCCAACUUCCGACAAUCCAAGAGUCUGUACAGACAGAAGUCCAAGUCUGGCUCUCGCACAAGCACCGAUGGCUUCGAAGUCAAGGAUCAAGAAACGACCGCCACAUUCCGAGCACAGCUCAAGCUAUCGGGUAUCGGAAUCUCGCUUAUCAACUCUCAGCUGAAGGAGCUGGCCUACGUCACCUUCAGAGAUGUGUCUCUCCGAUACCACGACUCGCCUCUUCACCAAACAGUCAGCUUCUCGGUGAAGUGGAUCCAAGUUGACAACCAGCUGUAUGGCGGUCUAUUCCCAAUGAUCUUGUACCCCAGCGUUGUUCCAAAGAGAGCCCAGGAGGUCGACGCACACCCGUCUCUUCACGCAAUGGUAACUCGAGUGAAGGACGAUUCGUACGGUGUGCUGUACAUCAAGUAUGCCACGGUUUUGAUGCAACAGAUGACAAUCGAGCUCGACGAAGAUUUCGUCUACGCAGUGCUCGAUUUCUCCAACAUUCCCGGCGCGGCAUGGUCCGACAGCAACGAGGAGGGCAAGCUGUGCGAUGAGGAGCUGGAUAUCCCAGAGCCCAAUCAGCAACAAUCUGGCCAGGAUAUUUACUUCGAACUGCUGAACAUUCAGCCAAUGCAACUCGACCUUUCGUUCAUGCGGACAGAGCGUGUCAACGCCGAAGACAAGACAUCUACCCGAAACCCGUUGAUGUUCUUCCUCAACGUUAUGACAAUGGCCAUCGGCAACGUCAACGACGCCCCUAUCCGUCUGAAUGCUCUUAUGCUGGACAACGUACGAGUGUCUGUGCCGGCUUUGACACAGAACAUUUCCAAUCACUACAGCCAAGAGGUGCUUUACCAGAUCCACAAGAUUCUUGGAUCUGCCGAUUUCCUCGGCAACCCAGUUGGACUAUUCAACAACAUCAGCUCAGGCUUGACGGAUGUUUUCUACGAACCAUACCAAGGACUCAUCCUCUCAGAUAAACCCGAGGACUUUGGUAUCGGUGUUGCGAAGGGUGCUGCAUCUCUCGUCAAGAAGUCUGUCUAUGGCUUCACUGACUCCUUCUCCAAAUUCACCGGCAGUCUGUCCAAGGGUCUAGCCGCUGCCACCCUUGACAAGCAAUUCCAAGAUCGUCGUCGCAUCACUCGAGCCAGAAACCGCCCCAAGCACGCUCUCUACGGUGUGACCACUGGUGCCAACUCGUUCUUCACGAGCGCCGCAUCUGGGGUUGGUGGUCUUGUCCGCAAGCCGCUUGAGGGUGCCGAACAAGAGGGAGCCCUCGGCUUCUUCAAGGGUAUCGGAAAGGGUGUUGUCGGAUUUGCCACCAAGCCCGCCAUUGGCGUCUUGGACAUGGCAUCCAAUGUUUCCGAAGGUAUUCGCAACACGACCACCGUCUUCGACGGCUCGGAACUCGACCGAGUUCGCCCAGCACGCUUUGUGCCUUCCGACGGCAUCGUGCGCCCGUACAACGCGCGCGAGGCUCUCGGCCAAUCUUGGUUGAAGCAGGUCGACAACGGGAAGUACUUCAACGAGAACUACAUUGCGCACUUGGAGCUGCCCCGCGAGGAUAUGGUUGUCAUGAUCACUUACGCUCGGAUACUGCUUAUUCGCAGCCGGCGUCUGACAUCUGAGUGGGAUGUGCCUCUGAAGGACGUCCAGACAAUCGCGAAGGAGCGUACGGGUCUCAGCCUAACUCUGAGAGGCGGCACUAAUGGACCGUUUAUACCCGUGGGAGACGAGAGUGGUCGUGCCUUCCUGUACAAGAUGGUGGCCGUGGCUGUGGAGGAGUUCAACAGGAGGUUCAGAGGCUUGGAGUAA